GCGUCUGGACCAGCUGACCCGAGGGGGAGAUUCGGCCGAGUAGGCCGUCGUCUGCCGCCUCGUAGUCGCCUCCGCCGGCGCCGUCGCCGUCGCCAUAGCCAUGGCUAGUCAGUCGCAGGGCAUCCAGCAGCUGCUCCAGGCGGAGAAACGGGCCGCCGAGAAGGUGUCCGAGGCCCGCAAGCGAAAGAACCGGAGGUUGAAGCAGGCCAAGGAAGAAGCCCAGGCUGAAAUUGAACAGUACCGCCUGCAGAGGGAGAAGGAGUUCAAGGCCAAGGAAGCUGCGGUGGGUCCAGUUAAUUUUCAUUAUUAUUGCCUUAGUUUCCUGAGGCUUCCUUCCCCUCCUUUUCCCCUUAGGCUCCCAAAAUAUUCAGCAUAGCUCAGCGAUUCUGAUUCUGGUAAAAAUUUGAAAACUGCGUUAUUGGAUGCUUAGGCUGAAUCCCUCAGGAUGAUUAGUUUUUAAUAUUUGAAUUCUAGUCUUCACUCAAAUAAUGAAAUUAUUAAUGUAAUUAGAUAUUAAAUAUAGAUGACUAUGGAGAUAUAUGUUAUUUAAUAUAUAUUAAAUGUAGAUAAUAUUAAAUAUCUGUGGACAGUGAAUGUGUGCCAGAUGCAGAGGAUCUGCUGUGAACAGAAAUAGACAUGGUCCUUAGCUUACAGUCUGGUGGUCAGGGACACUCAGUAAUAAAAUAGAAGUCACGCAAAUGGGCAACUGAAGAGGACUGUGAUGGACAUAAACAUGAAUUUCAUGGAGUUCUGCUUUAGUUUAGUAUGGAUAGUAACUGACCAGUGGAGGCUAGACCACGAUGCAAGUGAUGCGUAUAAUAAUAGUACAAAAACAGAUCACAGAAGGUACGGAGGAAGCAGGGGAAAUUCUGGAAAAGGUAAAGAAUGGUAGAGGCUUUGUAGAGAAAAGAACCUCCAUCUGAACUUCUGGAUACAAGAUAAUAGGAAACAGUUCAAGCUGGUUUAAGCAAAGUGGAAUUUGUUGACCUACAUGAUUGGAAACACAGGUAAUGACUGAGUUCAUUUUGAUCUAUGAGCUUAAAUAAUGCUCCCAGGGCUACCUCCAUCUCCCCUCUCUGCUUUUAUGGGCUUCCUUCUCAAGUUCUACAUUAUGGACUACUAGAUCCAGGUACACACCCUCCCAGGUCCAAGUCCAGCGAUUAAAGGGUCAUGCCUCUCUCUCAGUAGGUAGACAAAGUUUUGUUCAUCUUUGCACUGGGCAGUGACUGCUAUUUAAAUUUAAAAUGGGUCUGGGUCUCUGACUCAUGAAUUUGUGCUGUAAAUUGUCAGACUGCCCACAAGACAGUGUAGAAAUAGGGGCAGCCAUCUUGUCCUGUUUUUGCAUUGAUGCUGCCAUUGCUUAUAGAGAUGGUCUCUGUGUUACAUUUGUAAGCAUGAGCGCUGCAGUAUUUUUCUAGCAGUAUUCCAUUGUAACUGCUUCACUUUUGAGACUUCUGGGGCUUGCCGUAUAGUUUACAUAUUCAUAGAAUAGAGUAGUGAACUUCCACCCCCCCCACCCCCCAUUGAGUAAGGAUUAUGGACUUUUAAAAUAUGGGUAAGCACCUGAGCCAACCAUUAUGAAAUGCUCCAAGGUAUUCCUAUAAUAUGAACAGUGAUAGUAUGAAGAGCCCUAGGUUUGAAUCUCUGCCUGUUCACUUGAACCUCUUUGAGUGAAGGAAUAUAAUUCUAACAUAUGUAAUGAGGCAACAGCAGCUUAGGUGUUAGAAAGGGUUGGGCACCAAAAAAAGGGAUGCCUUAAAAACCUGAUGGGUCACGGUCUGUUAAAGUAGGUGCAACAGUUAACAAUGAGAAGACAGUAAAUGAAAGUUUUAUCUAUCAGUCUGUGUGAAACUGUAAAUGGAAACUGAAGAGGUAAGACAUCUGUUCACCAAAAUUUCAAGCAAUAAAACAGCAACAGUGAGAGGAUAGUUCCCCUCUCACCCAGACCUGUAGCCCUCCUCAGAGAUAAUCACUGUUAACAGUUUCUUGUGUAUUCUUCUAGAAUGUUUAUAUUUGAAUGAACAGAUGUCAUGUGUUCGUAAUACUUGUGAGUCCACUGCUGAAGUGCUAAAACAUUAACUAGUCAUAGUAAAACUGUAUAUUCCUCCUAAAUU